ACUGCAAAUUUUGCAAGACUUCGAUGCUGCAUUUUAAUGCUAGUUUCUUGUUACUUCGCAUUAGACUUUGAUUCAAAGUUAAAAGUUUUUGGGUUAUCUGUUCUGUUUGUGAUUUUAUGGCAUUUUCGGAGGUUUAUAUGUGAAGGGUGUGGUUUGUAUAAGGCUGAGGCCCUCAAUAAAAGACCAAAUAAAUGGCCAUGAAGACCUUUGAUGCUCCUCUUUUCUUUGAACGGAAAACUGGAGCAAAGAUUCCAUCAGUUGGAUUGGGAACUUGGCAGGCACCGCCCGGUGUUGUUGGUGAUGCAGUCACUGCAGCUGUUAAGGCUGGAUACAGGCAUAUUGAUUGUGCUCGAGCAUACGAUAAUGAGGCAGAGAUCGGUAGGGCAUUAAAGAAGUUGUUUGAGGAUGGAGUGGUAAAGCGUGAAGAAAUGUGGAUCACAUCCAAACUCUGGUGCAGUGACCACGCACCUGAGGAUGUACCAUUGGCACUGGAUCAAACUUUACAGGACCUGCAACUAGAUUAUGUAGAUCUGUAUCUUAUCCAUUGGCCCUUUCGGUGCAAAAAAGGGAAACGUGGCUUCAACCCAAGUGACUUUGCUCCAGUAGAUAUCCCUAGUACUUGGAAGGCAAUGGAAAGCGUGUAUGAUUCAGGAAAAGCUCGUGCCAUUGGUGUUAGCAAUUUUUCUUCCAAGAAGUUGGAUGAUUUGCUGAAGAUAGCACGUGUCUCACCAGCUGUAAACCAAGUGGAAUGCCACCCUUCCUGGCAACAAGCUAAGCUUCAUGCCUUUUGCAAUUCCAAAGGAGUUCACCUAUCUGCUUAUUCUCCUUUGGGAUCUCCAGGUUCAAAAUGGUUGAAGAGUGAUGUUCUAAAGAAUCCAGUUCUUAAUACUGUUGCAGAGAAACUUAACAAGACUCCUGCACAAGUUGCACUUCGUUGGGGACUUCAAAGUGGUCAUAGCGUGCUUCCUAAGAGCACUACUGAAGAAAGGAUAAAGGAAAAUUUCAAUAUAUUCGAUUGGUCUAUCCCAGAUGAUUUAUUCUGCAAAUUCUCUGAAAUUGAACAGGGGCGGUUGAUACGUGGAAAUUUUCUUGUCCAUGAAACUCUCAGUCCCUACAAAAGUGUGGAAGAACUGUGGGAUGGAGAAAUUUAAAGAUGGUUGCGUGGUCCCUGCAUGAACUUUCUCAAGUUUGUUGCCUCGUUUCUUGAAAUCAUGGCACUCAUAAUUUCAUAUGCAGCUUUUGGCCUCAUUUCUCUUGCCAUAGGCACAUAGGGGUACUAGUAUUUUAGGGGUACUACCAUUUUCUUCUUGUCAUAUUUGUCCAAGGUUUAUCAAAAGGAUUCCAUAGGAGACUCCUUAAAAGUUGAAUCUGAUAUUCAUGUUAUCAGUU